AUGGACAGCUCCACAAAUAGCUCUACAGGGCGAAUCUUUGAUGAGAGGCUGGCAGAGAAGAUCCCGACCAUACCAGAGGCAUCACCGCUGCCAAAUCAGCUUACCGUCGAUACCAAGUCUGCUGUUCGCAAUAAAACCUCCGAUUCAUCACUUGCGCGUGCAAAUGGUCAUACAACGGAAGAACUCGCGAACUCCCAACACUUCCCCCUACGAUCUCUACCUCCCUGGAUUCGGUCGGUUGAUGAGCCGGAAGAGGACGGAGAUGAAGCUACGGCAACUGAUCGCUUACUUCCUGCCCAACCAAACGGCGCAUUUGUCGCUCAGCACAACCACUCGCCCUCAUCGUCCAAGACCCAACCUAAUCAUGCAACCACCAACGGUCUGUUUGAGGAGGAAUCCCCAUUCCUUAACCGUGAAUCGCGCUGGGUGACAUUCUCACGAGCCAUCCAAUACCCCGCCGGGACCGGUAGAGAGGGACAGCAUGUCACAUCAGAAUGGCUGAACGAGAAUCACGGUGAUUACUUGCAACCAUGGCGAGGAAAGCACUUGGAGGGCGAUAGUCCGGAGUAUCCACUACACAGCGGAGCCCGAAGGGAUGUCUGGAUCAAGCGUUUUAAUAACAAGAUUCUGCGAAGCCCGAUGAUACCCUUGAUUCUUCGAAUGACUGUUUGGUGCUUCUCACUGUCUGCACUGGCUCUGGGUGGAUCGAUUCAGCACAUGGCUGACCAAGGGAAUCGCUCUCUUGGCCCAUCGGCAUUGAUGGCAAUCAUCGUCGAUGCAGUCGCUCUGGUUUACCUCUUAUAUAUCACCUUCGACGAAUACACGUCAAAACCCUUGGGUUUGCGCUCUCCCUCGGCUAAAGUACGCCUUCUCCUCUUGGAUAUAUUCUUCAUCGUUUUCGAUUCUGCCAAUCUUAGUUUGGCAUUUGCUUCACUUUCUGAGGUGACAGGAUCUUGCACCGAAGCGGAGGUCAACCAAGUGGUCGAUCCUCGAAAUGAUGGUAUAUGUGUGCGACAGAAGGCACUUGCUUCCGUACUUUUGGUUGCGCUCUUGGCUUGGCUCAUGACAUUUUCGAUUAGUGUUCUCCGGCUUGUCGAAAGGGUGACACAGUGA